AUGAGUAGGUGCGUCUCUUGUAGUACUGUUUCUGCGGUGAUUCACAACAAGAGUUUUUCGAAAUCACCAACUCAAAUUCCAAUUGGUAUUGAUGCAGUAACGGUGAGGGGGAACACCAAUUCAAUUAGAACUUGUCGCCUCCGCGUCCACGUUUCUAUGGUGGACUCCUCCUCUUCUGAUUUCGCCAAGCGCAUCGAACGAGCUUGGUUAAUAUCCAAGCAACCAAGUCCAAUCGUGUGUUCGUCUUGCGACUCAAAAGGGCACAUCGAAUGUAAAUGGUGUGCGGGUACUGGUUUUUUCAUUCUUGGUGAUAACAUGCUUUGCGAAGUCCCAUCCAGAAACACUACCUGCACCAUUUGCACUGGAAAGGGAUCAAUGUGCUGUUCUGAUUGUCAAGGAACAGGCUUUCGUGCAAAGUGGUUGGGAGAACCUCCUACUUCCUAG